UGUUCACAUCCACACAGGCAUGGCUCCUCUGGAUGGAAAGAACACAGGAAGAAGGAAGGAUGGGAUUGUAAAUCAUCCGUCCUGUUAGAGUUUUCUGCUCUGCCGCCUGUGCGUGUGUGUGUGUGUUUGUGUGUGUGUUUGUGUGUGUGUUAGUGUGUGUGUGUGAGAGUGUCAGGGAGGAGGGGACAUCACAGCCUCCAGCAGCUCUUUUUAGCUUCCACCCGGGGAAACCAAGCAGCCAGAUCUGUUUUGCUUCCUGCAGGAAAAAGAGGGUGAAGGGACAGCCGCGUGUUUUUUUUCUGUCAGAUUUUCCACUGUGGAUUUGUAUUAUCACCCACACACACACGUAUACAUGUACCGCGGAACUCAUGAAAUGCAGACACAGAGGACCGGAGAGUGGGAUGUAGAAUGGCUCAAUUUAAGGAUGUUUCUGUCAGGAAGACUUCUUUAAAUCUGGUGACUGGAUUUUUUCAGUAUCUGCGUGAUGAGCAAGAGGCAGUGCAGAAGAGAACCUUCACGAAAUGGAUCAAUUCUCAUUUAGCAAAGCAUAAACCACCACUAGAGGUUAACGACCUUUUUGAGGACAUCAAGGAUGGGGUGAAGCUCUUGGCUCUGUUGGAGGUCCUGUCUGGCCAAAGACUUCCCUGUGAACAAGGCCGCCAGCUGAAGAGGAUCCACUGGGUUUCCAACAUCGGCACCGCGCUCAAAUUCCUUGAAGGCAGGAAGAUCAAACUUGUUAAUAUUCAUGCCACCGACAUCGCAGACGGACGACCGUCAAUUGUCCUUGGGUUGAUAUGGACCGUUAUUCUCUACUUCCAGAUUGAGGAGUUAACCAGCAACCUGCCAGCCCUUCAGGCCCUGUCCAACAGCAACUCUUCCGUGGAGAGUAUUAACACCUCUGAAACAGGAAGCCCUCCCAUGAAGAGGAAGGUGGUCACCAAGUUUCAGGGCAAUGCCAAGAAGGCCCUGCUCAGAUGGGUGCAGUGCACAGCAGCCAAGUUUCAUGGGAUUGAAGUAAAGGACUUUGGUCCCAGCUGGCGAGAUGGUGUCGCGUUUCAGUCGGUGGUGCACGCCAUCAGGCCAGACCUGGUGGACAUGCAGGUGGUACGGCGGAGAAGCAACAGGGAGAAUUUGGAGGAUGCCUUUACGCUCGCGGAGAACGAGCUGGGCAUUCCCCGUCUGCUGGAUCCAGAAGAUGUGGACGUGGACAAGCCGGACGAGAAAUCCAUCAUGACGUACGUGGCUCAGUUUCUCAAGCACUAUCCAAACCCCCACCAAUCAGAGACCGAUGGACAACAGGAUGAGCUGCUUCUUGGCUCAAUUCCAACUUUUGCACUGUCAGUGCCAGUACUCCAGUUUGGUCCCCAAGAUAUAGAGCAAAUGCUUGAGAGAGAGGAGCGGAAGAUGCUGAGAGAGCUGAAGGUGUUUUUAGAUCAGUUGGAGAGAGACGUCCUGCGGGCCCAAGGAGCGGAAGGAAACCUCACGGACAAAUAUCAGGCGUUUAAAAACUUCCGCGUACAGUACGAAAUAAAGAAAAAGCAGACGGAUCCUCUGCUCCAGCCGGUCCACAAGGAUGGGAAGCUGUCCGUGGAUCAGGCUCUGGUCAAACAAGCCUGGGACCGUGUGUCUGCCAGGCUGCUGGACUGGCACAUCCAUCUGGACAAGUCCCUGCCUGGGCCUCUGGGGGUGAUUGGAGCCUGGCUUCACAGAGCGGAGAUGGCUCUGAGAGAGGACAUUCCCAUUCAGCAUGCUCACGAGGAGACGGCCAAUGUUCUACACAGAAAGCUGGAGCAGCACAAGGAGGUAUUAAAAAACCUGGAGUCGCACAGGCAGCCCUUCCAGCAGAUCCACAGGGACAGAUCAGUGAACGGUGUACCUGUCCCACCUGAACAGCUCCAAGAUAUGGCAGAACGGUUCAACUUUGUGUCCACGUCGUCUCACGCUCACUUAAUAAAACUGGAAUUCUGGGAAAUGAAGUAUCGACUCAUGGCAUUCCUUCUGUUAGCCGAGUCAAAGCUCAAGUCCUGGAUCAUUAAAUAUGGCCGACGGGACUCAGUUGAACUCCUCCUGCAAAGUUACCUUACUUUCACUGAAGGCCACAGAUUUUUUGAGCAGUAUGAGAUAAUCUUCACAGCUCUGAAGCAAGCUGCAGAGGUUUAUGUUAAGUCUGACAGUUCAAGGUCUAAGACCUGUAACCAAGUCGACGAAGCAGAGGGGGUGAGUAAGUUCCUCAGUGAGAGCACGGCUCAGUGGAAGAAUCUGGCUCUGGAGGUGCGGAGUGUUCGCAGCAUGCUGGAGGAGGUGAUCUCUAACUGGGAGAAGUAUAGUAGCACGGUGGCAGCUCUGCAGGCCUGGCUGGAGGACGCCGAGCAGAUGCUCAACCACUCGGAUAAUGCCAAACGUGACUUUUUCCGCAACCUCUCUCACUGGAUCCAGCAGCACAUGGACAUGAACGAUGCUGGGAACUUCCUCAUUGAGACGUGUGAUGAUACGGUCUCACGAGAUCUGAAGCAGCAGCUUCUCCUGCUCAACGGGAGAUGGAGGGAGCUGUUUGUCAAAGUCAAACAUUAUGCAAGAGCAGACGAAGUGGACAAGCUGAGGCAAGACUACCAUGAUGGUAUUAACACACUGAAAAUGUUCAUGGAUGCAACCAAUGAGAAGAUGAAUGCACCCGUCCAAGUGUCUUUCCUGAACGUCAGAGCCUUUGCUCAGGAUGUUGAGGAAAUCAAGCACAAAGUGCCGGCUAUGGAAGCAGCCUGUAAGGCAGCAAGCCGCACGGCUCAGCUGUUGACCAAAGACACUCCGCAAGAGGAGGUUUCACAGAUGAUGGCUGUGAUGGCUUCGAUCAAAGAGCAGCUGAGCAAGGUAAGGGAGAGAUGUUUGCCUCUACUAAGGGAGUCUCAGUCCCUUUUACCUCCACUGGAGGAAAUGGAGAAGAACAUCACAGGUUUCUACCAAGCUCUGGAGAAGGCUAGUCACAUCACCAGCACCACAGACUCAGAGGGACCAGUAGACUUCAAACAGAAGUGCCAGGAGCUGGCGACCUUCACACAUAGCUGCAAGAAAUGUCUGACCGUAAUAGAAAGAAACCACCAGACCAUUCAAAAAAUAAUGAACACCAGUAAAACCCUCCAGCACAUGGACAUGAGUCUCCUGCAGAAACGAGUAGCAGACCUGCAGACGUCCUCACAGAACAUGAUUAAGGAAUCUACAGAGUGGCGAAAGCAUGUGGAGGCAAACAGCAGCCUCAUGAAGAGGUUUGAUGAGUCACGGGUCGAGCUGGAGAAGGUUCUUAAAAUGGCACAGACCUGUCUGACAGAAAGAGGCAACCCGGAGGAGCUGCUCAAGAAACACACAGAGUUCUUUGGACAGCUCGACCAGCGUGUGUUAAAUGCGUUCCUCAAGGCUUGUGAUGAGCUGACGGAUAUUCUGCCGGAGCAGGAGCAGCAGUCUCUGCAGGAAACAGUCAGGAAGCUGCAUAAACACUGGAAGGAUAUACAGACGGAGGCCCCCUUUCACCUCCUGCACCUGAAGGUGGAGGUGGAGAGGAGCAAGCUGAUGCUGUCGCUGCAGGAGUGCCAGGCAGAGAUCACCAGGGAGAACCGGCACCUGGCAAGCAUGGGGAGCGAGAGGCUCAUCAAGGAGCACAGGGCCUUCUUCAGGGAAAAAGGACCCCAGUCUUUAUGUGAGAAAAGGCUGCAGCUGAUGGAGGAACUGUGUCAAAAACUCCCUGAGAAUGACCCAGCUCAACAGACCUUAGACACGGCGAGAAGGGACUUUGCUGACGUCCGGGAGGAAAUCGAAAACACCCACCAGAAGCUGAUGCACCAUCAGGACAAAUGGAAGGAAUACGGCACAAGGUACGCUGAACUCUCCUGUUGGCUCAUAUCUAAAGAAAGCCAACUGAGGCUCCUGAGAAGCCGAGCCAACGACCCUAGGAAAUAUGGCCAAGUGAAAGCCACCAUCAUGGAGCUGAGGAAUGAUGCCGAGCUGCAGGAGGGGAAUCUGGGCUGGCUGAAGGCCCGUAUGGCCGUGCUGAUCGAAAUCUGUGCUGACAGCGAUGCCCAGAGGCAGGGGAGUGCACUGAGCAAGCUCUCGAGUGAUUUUAAGGGUCUUCUUGCUUCUCUCUCAGAGGCUGAGAAGAUGGUCCUGGCUGUGGGGGAUUGCGUGCAGUUCAGAGAAGAGGUGCAGACUACUCUGGACGACCUCGUUCAGGGGCAGAAAGAGGCUCAGUCUGAGGUCACCAAAAUACUGGACUGUUCAACAGCUAGAGAAGCCCAACAGCUGCUGCUCGUUCACCAGCAACUGUUGAAGCGACUGAAGCUGAAGAGGAAGGACGUCCAGCAGCUGAUCACCAGGGGCCAGCAGCUCCAGGCUGAGGAGGGACUGGGAGAGGCGCUGCAGCAGGACCUGCAGAGUUUAGAGAACACACUCAGCAAAAUGGAGCAGAAUAUGGAUUCGCAGGAGCAAAGUCUUGAGGUCACACUGGCAGCCUGGCAGGAGUUUGACAGUCAACAGGAAGCAGUGCAUGAGUUUGUCAACAAAGCUCGUUCAACAAUGGAGCGAGACUUGAACUUCAGCAGCCCAGAGAGUUUAGCAGUUGAACUCGACCAGGCUCGGGUGUUGUUGAAGCAGUGUGAAGCAGAGGCCUUGCACAUGAACACGUUGCUGAAGAGAGCAACGGAAAUCCAGCUGGGCCCAAAAAAUAAGACCAUGCUGCUGGAACAAGCUCGUUCCCUCAGUCAGCAAGUGGACGAAGUAGAGACUGGGCUUAAAAAAGACGUCAAAACUCUAGAAGAAAUGAAAGAUCAGUGGGAUCGCUUUGGAGCUGGAUUCGAAGCCUUCUCCUUGUGGAUAUCUGACAAAGAAAAGCAGCUGGAUGUGAUGAAAUCUUCCACGUUGCCUCUCGAGGAGCAGAUCAGCACGGUUAAGGCUGUCGGGACCGAGCUCGGAGACAGAGCCGAGGUCCUGUCUCAGCUGGAGACGGACUCCCAGGCCCUGGCCCAGUUUGUGUCGUCGGGGGAGGCGGCUCGCAUCAAGGCACGGCUGACCCAAAUCGGCAGGUACUGGGAGGAGCUGAAGGAGAGCGUGCAGCAGCUCGAUGCACAGCUGGAGGAAAGCUCGUCACACCAGCAAAAGUUCAAAGUCAACCUGGAUGAGGUGCAAACAUCUCUCAGUGAUCUACAUACGAAACUAGAAGAUCCUGUAAAAUCCUGCACGUCCUCAUCAGAGACCUACAAAGCUCUGCAAAACCACAUGGACGUGUGUCAGUGUCUGGAGCGGCUGAAGGGAACCUUGUUGUCGCUGUCGGCUGGAGCUCGACGACUAAGCGACAAAGAGCAAGCGGAGAGGACCGUGGCAGAGCUGAACGCCAGCUAUGACCUAAAUGUACAGGAAGCAAAGGACAAACAGAGCACUCUGGAGAACCUGCUUUCUCUUUGGCAAAAGUAUGAGAAACAACGUUCAAUCUUUGUCUCCUGCUUGGAAAGAAGUGAAUCUGUAUCCAAACCAGAAAGUCACUAUCUGUCAGCUGAUAAAGCCAAACUACGUAAUGAGAUGCAUGAUUUGCAGGCCCUUCACUCUGAGGUCCAGUCUCUUGAGAGGGCUCAUGCUGAACUGGCGUCACUGGGGACGUCGUUGUACCCCACUGCUCCGGAAGAGAGUGUUAUUCAGCUAAAAGAUGAGCUCAAGAUCCUGCAGACCAGAAUGCUUGACCAAAAUAAAUUCCUCCCUCAAAGAGUUGGAGAGCUUCAGAGCCAUCUUUCACUGGUGGAGCAGUUUGACCAGGCCCUGCUUAAAUUCUCCCAGUGGAGUGAGAACGUUCUCUCAAGUCUGCACUCUUCACAAAUCAACGUUAGCAACCUGCAGUCUGCUGCAGCAAAAGUAAAGGAAACCCAGGCAACUCUGCAGAAGCAGUGCAGUGUGAGGCAGAGCCUGGAGCAGCAGACCGAGAAGCUCUGUCAGUUCAGUGAGCCUGGAGAUGCUCAGCUCUUGCGCAGCAGAGCCGACAGCUGUCUGCAGCCCUACCUGGAGGCGCAGCAGAUAGCUGACCUCCAGUUAGAGUGCCUGGAAAGGCUUGAGGCUUUUUUGCAGACUCAUGGUGAAGCAGCAGGAGUGCUGCAGGGUUUGAGGCAGACGGUGGAGAGCGCCGGGAGCUGGGACCGUGGAAGAGUAGAGGAGCUACAGCAAGAGCUGUCCACCAUCGUUCCAGACAUUAGUCAGCUUGAGACUCUAGCCAUCAAUCUAGACAGCAGCCUCUGCAAAAGUCACCUCCACAUCGACGCCGAUGAGGGUUCUAGGAAGUCAUGCCGUAUGCUGGCUGAUUCACUCAGUGCUGAGCUGGAUGCAGUGAGGAACCUGCUCGGUACUAAGCAGAGUGAAGCAGAAGCUCUGGGUGCUCUGUGGACCUCCUUCAGACAGCGGAAAGAACAACUGCUCAAAGCAGUGGAGGACAUCGAAGAAAAAGCUGAUCACCACAGCUUUAAAGAGCCCAGCCUGCACGCUGUACAGCAGCGGCUUCGGUUCUUUAAUCAGCUGGAGGAUGAGCUCCAGUCGCACCAGCACGAGGAGCAGUGGCUGAGGGAUAAGGGCAACCAGCUGGCCCAGAGAGAUGCUGAGCUGGCAGGGGAGGUGCUGAGGGAAAUCAGCUUGUUGGAGACUACAUGGGAGGACACCAAGAGGCUCAUCACAGAGAGACAAGAACAAUGCAAUGUUCUUGCUGAGCUCAUGAAAGAAUACCAAAUCCUGAAAACUUCCAUCACAGGCAUUAUUGAGAGUGCUGAACCUCUUGUAGAGAUAAACUCUGUUCUGAAGGACCACGAGGAAACCAAGAGGUCACUAACCAAGCAUGAGGCGGUGAAGGUGGAUAUGGCUGAAAAGCAAUAUGAACUGGAUCAGUUUUCCAGCAAAGGAAAACAACUGGUGAUCGAACUAAAGAAAAUUCCUGAGUGCGACUCUGAAAUGAUGAAAAAGGACAUGGAGACACUUGUCGAUCAGUGGCUGGAUGUGUCUGAGAAGAUUGAUGACAACAUCGAUCGCCUUAACCAGAGUUUGGAGUUGUGGGAAGAUGUGCGUAAAAUCAACGAGGACAUUGAGUUCUGGACGAGCAGCAGUGUGAUCGAGCUAAAUGAAAGCAUGAACAACCUCAACAACAGUCAGAAAGUGUCCGCACGGCUCUCAGCGAUACAGGCGGAAAUAGGCGAGAAGGAGCAGAAACUGGAAACCCUGCAAAGCAAAGUAUCUGAGUUGAAGAAGUGCAGUCAAAGUCAAGAGACUCCAGCUAAGUUACAGGUGUUGGAGAAUGACCUGCGGAAGAAGAUCGGCACCGUUCAGAAGCUCCAUGAGCAGGCCAGGGGAAACCUCAUGGACUUCAGUUCCCAGAGGAAACAGCUGGAAGACUACAUCUCACAGAUGUCCGCGUGGCUAAAAAGCAUGGAGGAGUCUCUGGUUUCUUCUCCCACUGGAUCGGAUCCUGAAGACAUCUGCAGAGUGAAGGACCUCCAGAAAGAGCUGCAAAAUCAGCAGGGGAGUAUUGACUCCACCAGGGAGAGUCUCAACACCCUGUGUAGAAAAUAUCCCUCUGAGGAGCUGGCUGGUCUGGGCUCAGCUCUCACUGAUCUGAUCAAAACGUACGAGUCUGUGAACCAGCUUUCUGCCAGGACUUUGGUCUCACUGCAGAACUGUCUACAGCAGCAGUUCAAUGACCUAGUUCAGGAGUUCCAUCGCUGGCUUUCUGAGCAGAGGGAGAUCGUCAAAGAAUGCUCAGAUCGAUCAGGAGACACUCAGAUUGUGGAACGGAAACUACAGAAAAUAAAGGGUGCCAUGGAUCGCGUGGAGGAAGGCGAGGUCCGUCUUACUCAGGUCUGUGAGGAAGGAGAGAAGCUUCUACUCCAUCUUCCGAAAGCCAGUGCUGGUCAGGUCCAGCAGCACCUGUCCUCCAUACAGCAGGACUGGGACAGCUUUGUGGAGCAGUGCAGACAGAACCAGCAGAUCCUCGAGGACAGUGCGUCCCUCAUGAAGGGGUUCGAAGGCCGCCUUAAGAAGCUCAGGUGGUGGUUGGAGCACAUGGAGAAGAGGAUGACCACAGAUCUGCUGGAGGCACAACAGCGUGGGCCUGAAAAAGCUGUGCUCGAACAAGUGGAGGAGUUUCAGCAGGAGGUCCUCAAAGAAAGGGACUCCUUUGAGCGUCUCGGUCAGGAGGGCCAGGCGCUUAACGAGGGCGGUCGAGGCGAUGGAAGUGAGACAAGAGUGUCGGCUCAGCUGCAGUCACAGCACCAGGCCUUGCUGAGGCGUGUGAAAGAGAGGCUGCGCAGUUGCCAGCUCACUUUACAAGAGCAACAAGCCUUUGAAGAGACACUACAGACUACUUGGACCUGGCUUAAUGGUGUCCAGGAGCGCCUGGCUUCACUCAACAGCACAGUUGGCAACAAAGAGACUCUGGAGAAAAGACUUGGUCUUGUUCAGGAUAUCCUGUUGAUGAAAGGUGAAGGUGAGGUGAAGCUCAACAUGACAGUGGGAAAAGGAGAACAAGUCCUCAAACACAACAGAAUGGAGGGGCAGGAGGUCAUUUGUUCGCAGCUCCAGAGCCUGAAGGACGCCUGGGCCAAUAUGUUAAUGACGUCUAUGAGUUGCCACAGUCGACUGGAGUGGACGGUGGCCCAGUGGAACAGCUUUCAGGAAAACAAGAGCCAACUGCAGCAGUGGAUGGAGUCAGUGGAGCAGGAGGUGGGCAUGACUCUGCCUCAGCAGCCAGGCCUCAAGGAGAAGUCCGCUUUUCUCGAGCGUCUCAGGGCCAUACUGGCUGAUGUGGACGCCCAUGCAGCCACACUGUCACGCCUAACGGACAAAGCGGUGGAGAUGUACGAAAAAACUGGUGACCCCACCUUUGGACCAGAGUCGAGGGCGGAGCUCAACGCACACUUUGCUGAUAUCUCAGCUGUCGUCAAGGGUAAAGUGCAGUCCAUGCAGAACAUUGUGUCCGAGCAUGAGCAGUAUCUCGACGCUGUGAGAGACUUCAACGACUGGCUGAUUUCAGCAAAAGAGGAACUCCAGCGCUGGUCCGACCUGUCAGGAGACUCACUCUCCAUCAGAAGGAAGCUCUCCAAAGUGCAGGAGUUGCUUGACUCUAAGCAGCGAGGCAGAGAGAGGCUGAGCCGGGUUCAAAGAUGCGGGGCCGUGGCCCGAGAUUACACCGGCUCGGGAGGCUACGAGGCUCUGGAGCGAGAGGAAGCUGCCCUUUUGUCCUCGUGGGAACAGUGGGAACGGGCGGCGCUGCAGACACGCGCGAGUCUGGAGACUGCCCUCUCACAGAUUGCCAGCUCUGAGCAAGAGUUCACCUGCCUUUCCUCACAGCUGGAGCAGAACCUGCAAGACUUCGGCCGUCAGCUGCAGGACUGGCGACAACGGCUGGCCCAGGCAGAAGGAAACAAUGAGGGAGAGGAAGCUGUUAAAGGCUGGCAGAUGGCAAAGGACACUUUGGAGGAACUUGUCAAAGCUGAGUCCAUGUCGGAUAGUCUCAAGACCCAACUCAACGAUCUGUGCAGAUUUUCCAGAGAAAUGGGAACACAGUCUGAACGAGUGUCAGCUCUCAUUAAGGAAUACAACAGUCUGAGCCUCCAAGCCUCCAGAGAGUGCCAGAGCAAAGAGAAACUGCUGGAUCAAGGGUUUCGUUCGUCCUUCAGAGAGUUCCAGCAAUGGUUGGUCAACACCAAGAUCAACACAGCCAAGUGCUUUGACCCACCACAAAAUCUCAGUGAGGCCUCAUCUAGUUUGCAGAAGAUUCAGGAGUUUCUAAAUGACAGAGAUCACGGUCAAUCAAAGCUAAACGCUGUGGUUGUGAACGGUGACCUGGUCUCUAGUAUCGCAGCUAAAGACAAAGCUGAUGGCGUCCGGGCCAAGAUGAACACUGCCAGAGAGGACUGGAAGAACAUAAUGUCUAAUCUGCACAACAGAGAGACAAGUCUGCAGAACCUCUUGUCUCAGAUGAAGGAUUUUGAGGCAAGCGCAGAGCCUCUUCAGGAGUGUCUGAACGCCACCGAGCUGGCUGUGCAGGAGAGCAGCACAAGACUUCACGAUCUCACUGCCAAGAAACUAGAGCUGCACAAGCUACAGUCUGUGCUUGAGGAGUUAGCUUCUCACGAGGUUCAGCUGAUCAGGCUGAAAGAGAAGGCCCAGCUGUUGUGGGAUGAACACUCUGCCGGCAAGGGUUUUGUGCACCGUGUGUCGCAACUCUCUGCUCAGUACCUAGCUUUAACCAACCUGACCAAGGAGAAGGCAUCCCGGAUCGAUCGGAUAGUCACUGAACACCAACUUUUCUCGCAAGGGCUAAAAGACCUGCAGAACUGGGUGGCUGACACCAGCCACAUGCUGCAGACUUACUGCGCUCCCACUGCUGACAAAAAUGUUCUCGAUAGCAGGAUGAUCAAGCUAGAGGCCUUGCUGACUGCUCGUCAGGAGAAGGAGAUCCAACUGAAGAUGCUGAUCACAAGAGGAGAGUCAGUUCAGAGAAACACCUCAGCUGAGGGAGUGCCUGUUGUCCAAAAACAAAUACAGGACCUUAAAGAUUCCUGGGAUGCUCUGCUCUCUGCUUCUAUUCAAUGCAAAAGUCAGCUGGAGGGUUCCCUGUCUCAGUGGACCAGUUACCAGGAGGACGUUCGCCAGUUUGUGACCUGGGUUGAGCAUGUGGAGGAGAGUCUUGAUCCCACUGAUAAACAGUGCUCCGAGAUGAGAGAUAAAACCGCAAAUCUGAGCAAAGCCAAGUUACUGUAUGAGGAAGUGCUCAGCCACAGCACUCUGCUGGAUACCAUCACUGCAAAGAGUGCAAGUAUCACAGAGAAUUAUGUCACUCAACUGGAGCUCCAAGAUCUGCAGGAGCGCUACAAUACUAUCAAGGACAAUUCUAUGAGAUCAGUGGGGAAAGCAGAGGAGCUGGUGAAAGCCCACCAGGAGUAUCAGCGGGGCCUUCAUGCAUUUGAAGAGUGGCUGGAACAGGAACAAGAGAAGCUUGGAGGCUACACCCAGCUGGAAGGCGAUGUUGACAUGUUGGAGGAGACUCUUCAAAAGCUACAGGAGCUGCAGCUGCACUGCACAGAGGGCCAGGCUUUACUAAACACCCUGCUGGUCAGUCGAGAACUGGUCAUCCCCUGGGGCCUUCCUCAGAUAGAAGACAGAGCGCUGGAAACACUUCAGCAGGAGUGGAGGCUCUACCAGGCCCAGCUGGCCGACACCCGGGCCCAGCUCAACAGCGCUUUGGCUAAACUGCGGCAGAUGGAGCAGAAGUUCCAGCGUCUUGACAGCUGGUUAAAGGGCAUGGAAACAAAAGCACAACUGAGAAGUAAUCGGCGGUCUGACCGCGCCACCAAAGAGGCUCAACUGCAGCUGAUAAAGAGCUGGCAGGAAGAAGUGCUGGUUUAUCAAGAAGAGAUGGAGGGCCUGAGUCUUUUGGCCCAGCAGGUUCUGGAUGAGACGCACAUCAGCAGCCGAAUUUGUUCCAGAGCCACCCAGAUCACGGCGCGCUACCACGCCCUGCUCCUGCAUCUACUGGAGACGAUCAAACAGAUCCAGGAGGAGGUGUCCAGCAUUGAAGAGGCGCAGUGUGUCUUCACCACCUUCUCUGACUGGCUCAGCACAGCUCAGAAUAACUUCAGCACUGUGGCUAUAAGUGUCGAUAUAGUGGACCGCUUUGCCAUGGAGAGAAAGAUAAAGAAACUGGAGGCUCUUCAGGCCGACAUGGAGCAGGGUCACAUUUACCUGAAGGCUAUGAGGGAGAAGACGGAGCGAGCCAUGGCUUUCCUGGAAGAGCCUGAAGCGGAGCAGCUGAAGGAAGAGGUGGACACUCGGCUCUUCCAACUAGAAGAGCUGAUGACGGCUCUGCGCACAGAGCAUAGCUCCCUCGAAAAAUGCAUCUCACUGUCUAAAGACUUCAUGGACAAAUACAAGGCCCAGGCGCAGUGGGUGAUGGAGACCAAGAACCUUUUAGCAUCAAGUGUAGAGCCUAAAGCUGAACUCUACCAGAAGAAGGCCCAGCUAGCAAAGUACAAGACAAUCCAGCAGACAGUGCAGUCUCAUGAGUCAGCCAUAAAAUCUGUCCUUGAGAAAGGAGAGGUGCUCCUCGACACAGUGAACGACCCCACUAUCAGUGAGAACAUGAAGAAGUUACAGGCUGACUACCAAGACCUCUGUUUGGCGGCUAAGACACAGGUCCAGAACCUUGUGGAGUGGGUGAAAGAGCAUGAGGAUUACAACAGUGAAUUGCAGGAGGUUGAGAAAUGGCUUCUGCAGAUGUCCAGCAGGCUUGUGAGCUCAGACUCCAUGCAGACCAGCAGUAUGGAGAUGGCCACUCAACAACUUGCCCGACACAAGGCGAUAAUGGAGGAAAUAUCCGGUUUUGAGGAGCGUCUCACCAGCUUGAAGCAGAAAGGAGAAGGUCUGGUCGCUAGCUGUACAGACCAGGUCCAAGCCAAGAUUAGUCAGCAAGUACAGGCUCACCAACAAGGAACCAGAGAUAGCUACUCCGCCAUCUGCAGUACUGCCCAACGUGUCUACCAGAGUCUGGACCGGGAGUUGCAGAAACAUGUUAGUCAUCAGGACACUCUUCAGCAGUGUCAAACGUGGCUCUCUACCGUACAAGAGGAACUCCAGCUCAACGAUCAGGGACCAUCUGGUCUGCAGGAAGCACUGAAGCAGGUGAAACACUAUAGAGCCCUUCAGGAGCAGGCCAGCACUUACCUGGACCUGGUGUGUUCGGUGUGUGACCUGUCUGAUGAUGCCGUGAGAGUGACAGCUGCCAAGGUCCAACAGGUCAAACUCACGAUUGAGGAAAGGAUGUCCAGCGCUCAGGUGCUUUCAGAGGGUUGGAGAGAGAUCAAAGAACAGAAACAAGAUCUAACCAGCUUGUUCCAGGACAUGGAGCAGCAGCUUCUCAGUCUCUCCAGAAGACCAGCAGAGCUGGAGACCAAGAUAGCACAAAACAUGCUGUCACAAGCCAAGGAAUGCAGCCAACAACUGCAGUCUAAACAGAGUAUCCUGACCAAGAUGAGCGAGACCGUGAGCAGAUUGACCGGCGGCCAGGACUCUCCAGAGCAUGCAGAGCUAGACCGCCUGAACCACUCCUGGCUCGAGCUCUGUCACCAGGCCAGCAAGCUGCAGAUCCAGAGAGAGGAGGACCUGCAGAGAUCGAAAGAAUACCAUGACUGUAUUGCUGCAGUGGAGGUGCUGUUUGAACAGGUGUCCAAGGAGUGGGACAAUCUGGCCAGAACGGACGCUGAAAGCUCAUCUCAGCAUUUGGAAGCCUUGAAGAAACUUGCAGUAACUCUGGAAGAACAAAAAGGUGCUCUUGAAGAGCUUAAGGAGCAGAAACAGAAGGUUAUCCAACAUCUCAACUUGGAUGACAAGGAACUGGUAAAAGAGCAAAUCAGCCACUUCGAGCAGCGAUGGUCUCAGAUGCAAAACCUAAUUAAAAGAAAAAUCCAGGACUCAGUGGUGACUCUUGAAGACAUGAGUCAAGUGGAAGCCCGUUUGAGGGAGGCCAGGGACUGGGCAGAAGAGCAGCAGCCUGCCCUGUCUGAGGCCAUGAAAAUGAGCCCUCCUCCCGAGCUGGCUCAGAGCUUCCUGUUUGACCACCUUAGCAUAUGCAGCGAGUUGGAGGCCAAGCAGCUCCUCCUGGCCCAGGCCAUGACUGACGCUGACAGGGUGCUAGCACGGCUGGGCCUCAGCGAGCGGCAGCAUCUGCAGCAGCUGAUUUCUGACACGCAGUCCGAGGUGGAAUCUCUGAGCGUGAAAGUGGUGCAGCGCAGAAAACACCUCAGCAAGGCGUUCACGGAGAGGACACAGUUUCUGAUGGCCGUGGGUCAGUCUAUAUCCUGGGUGCAGCAGAAUGAAAAGAAAGCCCAGGCGGAAGAGUACAUCGCGCUGCUACCUGAUGACCUAGCCAAGCAGGUCAGAACAUGCCGGAACAUCCAAAGCAGUCUGAAAGCAUAUCAGAGCGAGCUGACGUCCCUGUGGUCACAAGGGAGAGACUUAAUGAGAGACGCCAGCGAGGAAGAGAGGAAUGAGAUCCUCACAAAGUUACAAGAGCUGCAAAACAUCUUUGACAAAACGCUGCACAGAUGUGGCCAGAAACUUCAAGAGCUCGAAAAGGUUCUUGUCUCCAGAAAGUAUUUCAAGACAGAUUUAGAGAAAAUAUGUCAGUGGCUAAAGCAGGCAGAUAUAGUCACCUUUCCUGAAAUAAAUCUAAUGGUUGGAGAUGCUGAAUUGGAAGCACAGCUACUGAAAUAUCAGCAGAUAAUUGAGCAGGCAAUUGAAUAUGAGAACCUCCUCCUAAUAGUGCAAAGAGCUGGUCAGGAAAUAUUGCCCACGCUGAAUGAAGUUGACCACUGCUACUUGGAUGAAAAGCUCAACACGCUCCCUCAACAGUAUAACAGCAUAUUAGCGCUAGCCAAAGAGAAACAGGAGAAAAUCCAGCAGGCCAUUCUCACAAGAAACGAGUACACAUCUUUCAUAGACGUCACUCACAAAGCGUUGAAAGAACUCGAAGAGCAGUACAAUAAUCUUGGGACACAGCCUGUAGGCUUGCAAACAGAAGAGGUUGUCAGCUUGCAGAGUGAUUACAAAGCAAUUCAGACAGAUCUCAGCAACCUGGGUCUAGCUGUGAGCGAACUGAACCAGAAGAAAGAGGGAUUUCGCAGCACUGGGCAACCGUGGCGCCCAGAGGAAAUGACCCAGCUUGUGAGCUUGUACAAUGGAUUAAAGAGGCUGGUGGAACAAAAAGUCGAGCAUCUGGAUGAAACCUUGGAGUCGUUUGAGGAUCACAAGGCGAUGGCUAUGCAAGUUGACUCUGAGUUAAAGGCCACCAAGGAGCAGCUGGUCAAAGUGAACGCAGAGGCACAGUCGGCCGAGGAGAGGCUGAAGAACUACCAUGCUCUGGCGGGGAGUCUCCAGAGCGCCAACUCUCACUUGUCAAGGCUCAUGGAGCAAAUGGACACUCUCGCCCCUCGUGUGGACCAAGCAGCUCACGACGCCUCUAAGGAGCAAGUAGUUCUCUGGCAAGAGGAACUGCGAUCUUUACAGGCUGCCGUAGGGGAUCUGAUCGAAGAAUGCGAGAACAGGUUUGUCCAAAGUAAAGAUUUUGAGACUGAGAUGAAAAGGACUCUGGACUGGCUGCAGCAGGUCAGGGAUGAACUGGACUGCGCCGUGAUUGUGGAUGUCAGAGUGGAGAAGGUGCAGGAGGAGAUCAGGAAGCAGCAGAUCAUGCAGGAGGAAGUACAGUCCAGACUGAGGAUCGUGGCCGCUCUUAGUAGCAGAGAAAAGCAAGAGUUUGUCACUGCCAAUGAACUUGUCCCAGUCCAUGUAGACACAAGUUUGGAAGAAAUGGCAAAGCUGCAGGCAGACGUUCAGAAAGCACUGAGCUUCAAACAGAUCACUCUGGAGGACGCCCUGGUGUUGUGUCAGAAAUACCACUUCAGGAUGCAGUCAGCCUGCGAGUGGCUGGAGGAUGCCGUGUCUUUCCUGCAGCAAGCUAGCUUGGGCGUGGAUGUGGAGAACUAUGAAGAGUGUCUUCGGCAGCAGGGGGACAUCCUGGCCACGGAGCAGGAGUUUCUCAUCCACCUGGAGGAGCUGCAGACGCUGCUUCCUCAGCUGGAGAACCUGGUCAACCCCACAGCCAAAGACCAGCUGAGGGUGAGUGUGGAAUCGGCGAAGCAGAGAGGCGUGGAGGUCCGGGAUCAGCUCCAGUGUCACCAGGAUGUCCUUCACAGCUGUGUCACCCAGUGGAAGUCAUACCAGGAGGCAAGGCAGACUGUUAUUGAGCUUAUGAAUGAGGCUGAAAAGAAGCUCACUGAAUUUUCUACUGCAAAGGCAGCCACGAGCCAAGAAGCUGAAGACAAGCUAUGUAGUCACCGGUCCCUGGUAUCACUGGUGAAUGGCUUCCAAGAAAAGCUGAGCGGUUUAGAGGAACAAGCUGCUCAGCUGGAGCUGGUGGGGAGCGAUGCCAGUAAAGCCACCAUCAGCCGCUCCAUGACCACCGUGUGGCAGCGCUGGACGCGACUACGGAGCGUGGCGCGAGGACAAGAGAGAGUACUAGAGGACACCGCGCAGGAAUGGAGGACUUUCAGGGAGAAGAUGGUGAAGGUGAGAGCAGUCGCUGAUGAGCUCCAAAGCCGUUUCCCGGACAGUGCUAUUGAGAAGGCUUCCAAAGCCACUCUGCAGUCUCUGUUAGACCAGCAUGACUUGCUGAGCCAAGACUUGGAGCGCGAACUCUCCUCCCUCACGCUGCUGCGCCAGUACGCCCUCAGCCUGCUGCAUGACGUGGAAGUGCCUUCACCAACAAAUGAGCAAGAUGAGCUGCCCAGUCUGAAGGAGAUCAGAGCUGUGCAAGACAAAAUGGAAAGCCUCUUGACACAGUCCAGGACCAAGCGGGCGCAGACAGCUCAGGAACUUAGGGACAGAGAGGAAGUGGAGAAGGAACUCAGUGUUGUUAAAGCCUGGAUCCAGGAAACCAGGGAACUUCUCCUCAAUCCCACACCAGACAUCGAUUCUCUGCUGCAGGAGCUAGAGGUUGUCCAUGGAGAGGUGAUAAAUUAUCGCCAGAAUGUGGAUAAAUUAGCGGAGCAACAACAGAGCAAGUACCUGGAUCUCUACACUAUCCUCCCCUCUGAAAUCUCCAUGCAGCUUGCAGAGGUCUCACUUGCAUUGGGUGCUAUUGAGGAUCAGGUUCUCUCCAAAGAGAGAGAAAAUCAGAAAAACAGAGAAAUAAAGGAGGCCUUCAGCUCCAGAAUCCAUGACAUGUCAGAGAAACUCAAAGCUAUUUCCAAUAAAUUUAAAGAAAAAUCUCCUGAUGUUGACCACGCCAAAGAAGAGGUCAAAAGCCUUUUUGAGGACUUGGAGUCCUGCGGUCGCUCUCUCUCUGAGUUGGACGCCUCUGUUCAAGAGUUUGGCCGCAGAAACCCCCUGCUGGCCAAACAGCUAAGUGAUGCCAUCAGCAAGCUAUCUGAGAUGCAUCACCACACGACACGACUAGCAGACUGUAGAAACAACUGGCUCAAAAAGGCUGUCUGCUAUUUAGAUGAGUAUAAUGAGAUGCUGGACUUCAUUGUGAGGUGGUCGGAGAAAGCUAAGAGCCUGGUGAGGGCAAAUAUCAUCUGGAACUCUUCAGUUCAUCUGCAAGAGCAGAUCCGGUUGUACCAGGCUGUCCUGCGUGAGUCUCGAGAGCUCCAUGGAGAUCUGGAGUCCAUGGCAGAGAAGGUAGAGCUUCUGUCUGAGGUGCUGCAGGUUGAAUCUAUGAGCCAGCAGGUCUGUGAACUCAGUCGACACACUGAGGAGCUUCAGCAAAGCAUCAAGAUACGACUGCAGAGCCUGCAGGAUGCAGACAAGAGUAUGGAGGCCUUGGAGCAUGAAGUUAAGGCCCUACACGUUGCUCUAGAGCAGGUCCAAGCCACACUUACCUCCCCUGAGCUGGCACGCCAAAGCCUGAAGGAACAGCUCGCUCAGAGACAGCGUCUCUUGGCAGACAUGGAGAGCUUCAAGCAGCAGGUGCAGUCAGUGCAGCUGUGUCAGAGUGCUCUGCAGGUCCCAGAGGAGGUGAUGCCCAACCUCGCCAUCUGUCGUACAGCUUUGCGUCUGCAGCAAGAAGCCAGUCAGUUGCAGCACGUGGCCAUUCAGCAAUGCAACAUCCUACAGGAGGCAGUGGUGCAGUACGAGCAAUACGAACAGGAAGUGAGGGAGCUUCAGGGUUUGAUAGAGGAAGCGCAUCGCGUCAUCCAGGACCGACCGAUCCCCAGCAGCAACAUCCAGGAGCUGCAAGCCCAGAUCCUUCACCAUGAAGAACUUGCCCAAAAGAUCAAAGGUUACCAGGAGCAAAUUGCCUCACUUAAUUCAAAAUGCAAAAUGCUGGCAGUGAAGGCCAAACACGCCACCAUGUUACUGACAGUAACCGAUGUAGAGGUCCUACCUGAGGGGCUGCAGGAGAUGGAAGCAGAGAAGUCCAAGAAAUCUUCAGCCCAGGCCGUCAUGAUGACGGCUGGCCGCUGUCACACCCUGCUGUCACCUGUAACUGAGGAGUCUGGGGAGGAGGGCACUAACAGUGAGGUGUCCUCACCUCCUGUGUGUCGUUCUCCUUCUCCUUUCACUCACACUGACGCCACUGUAACCAAGGCGGGACGAGGAACACUCACUAGAGCUCCAAUCCAGGAGUUAUAUGACCCAACAUUUGAGUCGGUGGCCCACCUAGAUGAUCUGCAGCGCUCAUGGGAGACUUUAAAGAAUGUGAUCAGUGAGAAGCAGAGAUCUUUGUAUGAAGCUCUGGAAAAGCAGCAGCAUUACCAAGGUUCCCUCCAGUCAAUCUCCUCUAAAAUGGAAGCUUUGGAGGCCAAACUUAGUGAGCCGCUGGAGACAGAUAAAAGUCCAGAUAGCCACAUGAAGGGAUAUCAGGCUCUGAUAGACGAGAUCCAAAGUGUGCAAGAAGAAAUCGACCGGCUACAGACGAGCUUCACGGAGGAGCUGGCUGCUGAUUCUGUGGACUCAGACAUGGCUGACCAGCUCGCCAUGCAGGCCUCCCUGGCUGUUUUAGCUGAGAGGAUGGCCACCAUCCGCAUGAAAGCUUCAGGGAAACAACAAGUACUGGAGGAGCGAGUCAGUGACCGCCUGGAAGGUCAGCGUCAAGAACAGGCCAUACAGCUCUAUCACAAUCAGGCAGAUCAUUUGGAGCAGUGGUUGGCCAGAAUGCGCAUUGCUGUGAACUCCGUCCUUGACCUUAAACCUGAAGAGGAAAGAGAAAUGGAGAAUCAGCUGGCUGAGUGUCAAAACAUGCUGCUGGAGAUCGAGGAGAAGGUGCUGGCCCUCUCGGAGCUGUCGGUGCACAGUGAGAACCUGCUGCUGGAGGGCCGGGGGGACACCAGAGAGGAAGCUGAACAUUUGUCCAGGAAGUUGCGCACGUUGAAGGGUGGUUUGUUGGAGCUGCAGAGGAUGCUACAAGACAAGCAAAUUAACAUUCAGGGUUCUCUUCAGGAGCAGGAAGACAGUGAAUCAGACUCAAGUCUCUCUCAAAGUCCCAGUGUGCAGGACUGGCUGGCCCAGGCCCGGACCACACGAUCCCAACAGCACCAAGACAGCCUUCAGAGACAGAGGGAACUGGAGGAGCAGCUCGCAGAGCAGAAAAAGCUGCUUCAGUCAGUUGCUAGUAGAGGAGAGGAGAUCCUCAUCCAGCAGGCCUCGCCCAGCGGUGUCAGCACAACAGAGCCAUUUUCACUGUCGGCUUUGGCUGAGAGGGAAACUCAGGCUGGACGGGAGCAGAUGAGGCAGAGAUGGGAGAGUCUGAGACUUGAGCUGAAAACGAAACUGCAGCUCCUGCAGAAAACCCUGGAGCAGGACCACAAGCAGCCGGUUUUUUCCAGAGCUUCUCGUGUGACCACAGCUGGGUCACUGUUUAAAGGAGACACCCAGGCGGACAAAUCCUCCCUGAAGACUCUUUAUGACAACUUCAAACAGACAGUAGAAGACAUGACCGCUCAGCCUGGCGGUGGUGAGACACAGGUGGCGCAGAUGGAACAGCAGCUCUACACAGCUGUGUCAUCCACCUCCUCCUGGCUGGAUGGUGUGGAGAACAACGUCUUCUCUGGCUCAGUGCUGCUGGCUGAAAACGCAGAGACCCAGCUACAGAAGCAGGAGACUCUGGAGAACGACGUGAGGCAUAUGACGGAGGAGGUGAAAUUCAGUCAGGCUCUGCUGGCCGGCUCCUCGGGGCUGAGACAUGAAGACAGAGUGCUGCUGGAGGACAACCUCGACUGCCUGAAGGAGAGAUUAGGAGCCCUGGGUUGUGCUCUGGGACAGCGCUGUGACCACAUGAGGACCAGAGCACAAGAACUCACAGCCUACCAGACUGAAUUGCAGCUCCUCCAGACUUCUUUAAUUGAGACCAAAUGCCAGAUACUACAAGCCCUCGCAGGAGCAAUGGAUCGACCGGCCUCAAAACAACUGGAGGUCAUCGCCAGUGCAGAGGAGAACCUGAAAGACUUUGAACAGAGAAUCACAGAGCUUAAAACCAGAGGAGCAGCUCUUCAGGCAGAUCAGAUAUCAACGAACAAACUGCUGAAACUACAGGAUUCUUACGAGGAGCUGGUGAUGACGGUUGGUUCCCGGCGCAGUGGCUUGAACCAGAACAUGGCUCUGAAGGAGCAGUACGAGCGUGCCCAGCAGGACCUCACUGACCUGGUGGACACAGCUAAGGACAAGAUGGCUGCCGAUCAGAGAAUCAUUGCCAGCUCCGUGGAGGAAGUUCAGAAUCACCUGGACAAACAUAAGGAGUUCUUCCAGGGUCUGGAGUCCCACAUGAUCCUAACAGAAACAUACUUCAGGAAGAUCAGCGGCCUGAUGCUUCCCAAAGAGAGCCAAGCCCUGGAAGAGACACUGGCGGAGGCUCAGAGCGUCCUCAAAGAGGCACACAGCAAAGGAGUUGAGCUGGAGUGCAUCCUGGAGACUUGGUGCCGCUUGAUGCAGGAUUACCAGAGUCUGAACCGACAACUGGAGGCAGUUGAAGGAAGCAUGCCUUCUGUUGGCCUGGUGGAAGAAACCGAAGAAAGACUUAUGGACAGAAUCUCUCUGUAUCAGGGCCUGAAGGGGAGACUGACCGAGCACCAACACAAGUUGUACCAGGUGCUGGACGAGGGCAAACAUCUCUUGCUGUCAGUUUGCUGCCCCGCCCUGGAGAAUCAGCUCGCGCUCUUAGGGGAACACUGGCUCAACAACACAGCCAAGGUUAACAAGGAACUACAGCGCCUUGAGGCCAUCCUGAAACACUGGACCAGGUAUCAAAGGGAGUGUGCAGAGAUGUGCGAAUGGCUGCAGUCGGCUCUGGAGCGUUUGGAGUUUUGGAAUACGCAGGCGGUCUUAGUCCCACAAGAGCUUGAAACUGUCAGAGACCAUCUCUCAGCUUUCCUUGAGUUUUCUAAAGAAGUUGAGGGGAAGUCGAGCCUGAAGAGCUCAGUGGUUACCGAGGGCAACCAGCUGCUGCGGCUGAAGAAAGUGGACACGGUGGUGCUGCGCUCUGACCUCGCACGCAUCGACACUCAGUGGAGUGAGCUGCUCACGCGCAUCCCAGUGGUCCAGGAGAAGCUGCACCAGAUCCAAAUGGAGAAACUGGCCUCCCGUCAUGCCAUUUCUGAGCUGUUCAACUGGAUAUCGUUGAUGGAGAACGUCAUUGAGGAGGAUGAAGAAAACCUGAAGAGUGCUGUGGGGUCCAAUGUGAUUCAAGAUUAUUUGCAAAAAUACAAGGGCUUCAGGGUAGAUUUAAGCUGCAAGCAGCUGACUGUGGACUUUGUCAACCAGUCAGUGCUGCAAAUCAGUGGUCAGGAUGUGGAGAGCAAGCGCAGUGAUAAGACAGACUUUGCUGAGCGUCUGGGAGCCAUGAACCGGCGCUGGCAGAUCCUGCAAGGCCGCAUCAAUGAGAGGAUCCAGUUCCUUGAGAGCCUGCUGGAGAUGUGGUUGGAGUACGAGAGCAGCGUUCAGGCUCUGAAGUCCUGGAUGGGGACUCAAGAAGACAGACUGAAGAGGAAACACAGAAUAGAGGAUUUGACAUCUGUGCAGAAUGCUCUGAAAGACUGCCAGGAAAUGGAGGAGCUGGUGAAGGAAAAAGAAAAAGAACUAGAGAGAGUAGAGGAGCAGGGCUGUGCCCUCGUCCAGAACAAGACCGAUGAGGCUUGUGCUAUCGUCAUGGAGACGCUCCAAGGUGUCAAUCACACCUGGGCUAACCUGGACCACUUGAUAGGGCAACUGAAGAUCAGCUUGAACUCAGUGCUGGAUCAGUGGAGUCUAUACAAACGGGCUUCAGAAGAGAUCAAUGGUUACCUGAUGGAGGGGAGGUACUCUGUGUCCCGUUUCCGCCUCCUCACAGGAUCCCUGGAGGCCGUUCAGCUGCAAGUGCAAAGUCUGCAGGAUUUGCAAGAAGAACUGGAGAAGCAGGAGAGCAGCCUGAGAAAGUUUGGUGCUGUGACACACCAGCUGCUGAAGGAGUGUCACCCUUCAGUGUCAGACUCUCUCAACAACGCCCUCAAGGACGUCAACGCAAGGUGGACUGGCUUACUCGAGGAGAUUGCAGAGCGUCUUAGAAGCAGCAAAGCCCUGCUGCAGCUGUGGCAGCGCUACAAGGAGCUGUACGAGCAGAGCUGCAGCAGCAUCCAGCUGCAGGAGGAAAAGGCAGACCAGCUCCUCAAGAACACCUGCAGUAAGGACGUUGCUGACGAGGAAGUUUCCGGCUGGAUCCAAGAAUGCAGCGAGUUGCUCCGCUCCCAGGCACCGGUGCAGGCCUCACUUCAGGUUCUCCAAGAACUGGGAGAACAGCUGAAGCAGCAGGUGGACACAUCAGCAGCAUCUGCCAUCCAGUCGGAUCACCUCUCUCUCACCCAGCGACUGUCUGCAGUAGAGCAGGCUCUGACCAGACAGCUCACCACGCUGCAGACUGGAGUUCAAGACUAUGAAACCUUUAAUGAUCAGCUGGAAUCUCUGGGGAGCUGGAUAGUUGAAGCUGAGGAAGGUCUGAAGGUGCAAGAUCCCAAUGGCUCCACUGACCUGACAGUCAUCCAGGACCGUAUGGAUGAUCUCAAGAGGCUCAUGUUGAAAUUCAGCAGCAUGGCCCCUGAAUUGGAGCGUCUAAACGAGCUCGGUUACCGGCUCCCUCUCAAUGAUUCAGAGAUCAAGCGCAUGCAGAACCUUAACAGAAGCUGGUCCACAGCCUCAGCACAAACCACAGAGAGAUUCAGCAAACUUCAGUCGUUCCUGCUGCAGCAGCAGACCUUCCUUGAAAAGUGUGAAACGUGGAUGGAGUUCUUGGUCCAAACAGAAGAGAAUCUGGCGGUGGAAAUUUCUGGGAACUAUCAGAGUUUGAUGGAGCAACAAAAAGCUCAUGAGUUAUUCCAAGCUGAGAUGUUCAGUCGCCAGCAGAUCCUCCACUCUAUCAUCAGCGAUGGACAGAGGAUGUUAGAACAGGGUCAGGUAGACGACAGAGACGAGUUCAACCUUAAGCUGGCUCUCCUGAGUAACCAGUGGCAGGGCGUGGUGCGACGUGCUCAGCAGAGGCGGGGCAUCAUAGACGGUCUGAUCCGCCAGUGGCAGCGCUAUAGAGAAAUGGUGGAGAAGCUGCGCAAGUGGCUCAUGGAGGUCUCCCAUCCUGCAGAGGCACUUCAGUCAGGGAAUACGAUCCCUCUGCAACAAGCUCGUUCCAUGCUGGAUGCUGUCCAGCUGAAGGAAAAGGUGCUACAGCGUCAGCAGGGCAGCUACAUACUGACGGUGGAGGCAGGUAGACAGCUGCUCCUGUCGGCCGAUAGCCGGGCGGAGGUGGCUCUGCAGACGGAGCUGACUGAUAUCCAGGACAGAUGGAAACAAGCAAGCAUCUGCCUGGAGGAGCAGAAGAAAGAGCUCGCCACCUUGUUAAAGGACUGGGAGAGAUGUGAGAGAGGGAUUUGUGGCUCACUGGAAAAACUUCGAGCCUUCAAACGACAGCUGUCUCAGCCUCUUCCUGAUCAUCAUGAGGAUCUACAAGUUGAGCAGAUGCGCUGCAAGGAUCUGGAGAAUACAUUUGACGGCUGGACGGGUGAUCUGGCACAUCUGGCUGUGCUGAGAGAGUCACUUUCUUGCUACAUCACUGCCGAGGACCUUUCUGUCCUGCAGGAACGUAUUGAGCUGUUGCAUCGACAGUGGGAUGAAAUCUGCCACCAGCUGUCGCUGCGCAGGCAGCAGGUGAGCGAGAAGCUAAAUGAGUGGACUGUGUUCAACGAGAAGUACAAGGAGCUCUGCGAGUGGCUCACCAACAUGGAGAGCAAGGUGUCCCAAAAUGGAGACAUCAGCAUCGAAGAGAUGAUCGAGAAGCUCCGCAAGGACUACCAGGAGGAGAUCACAGUGGCGGAGGAGAACAAAUUGCAUCUGCACCAGCUUGGAGAGCGUCUGGCCAAGGCCAGCCACCAGAGCAAAGCCACCGAAAUCGAUCAGAAGCUCAACAAGGUCGGCGACCGCUGGCAGCACCUCCUGGAUCUCAUUGGAGCCAGAGUGAAGAAGCUGAGAGAAACUCUGGUGGCCGUUCAGCAGCUAGAUAAAAACAUGAGCAGCCUACGCUCCUGGCUCGCACACAUCGAGGCAGAGCUGUCCAAACCCAUCGCCUACGACGCCUGUGACUUCCAGGAGAUACAGAGGAAACUGGAUAUGCAGCAGGAGCUUCAGCGUGACAUAGAGAAGCACAGCACAGGAGUGGCGUCUGUGCUGAAUCUGUGCGAGGUGCUUCUGCACGACUGUGACGCCUGCGCCACCGAUGCAGAGUGCGACUCCAUCCAGCAGGCAACCCGGAGCCUUGAUCGCCGCUGGAGGAGCAUCUGUGCCUUGUCCAUGGAGAGGAGACUAAAGAUUGAGGAGACGUGGCGUCUAUGGCAGAAGUUCCUUGAAGACUUUGCUCGUUUUGAGGAGUGGCUGGCCACUUCAGAGAAGACUGCUGCGCUGCCUAACUCCUCCGAUGUACUGUACACUGUAGCCAAGGAGGAACUGAAGAAAUUUGAGGCCUUCCAGAGACAAGUCCACGAAAGCCUGACGCAGCUGGAGUUAAUCAAUAAGCAGUACCGCCGCCUGGCCAGAGAAAACCGCACUGACUCUUCCUGUCGUCUGAGGGAGAUGGCCCACGACGCCAAUCAGCGAUGGGACAACCUGCAGAAGAGGGUGGCAUCCAUCCUUCGCAGGCUUAAGCACUUUAUCACUCAGAGGGAGGAGUUUGAGACAGCCAGAGAUAGCUUGUUGGUUUGGCUGACGGAGAUGGACCUGCAGCUGACCAACAUCGAGCACUUCUCUGAGUGUGACAUUCAAGCCAAGAUCAAACAACUCAGGUCAUUCCAGCAGGAGAUUUCUCUGACAAGAGCCAAGAUCGAUCACAUCUUCCACCAGGGUGAAGCUCUGAUCGAGAAGAGCGAGCCUCUGGACGCUGCUGUCAUCGAGGAAGAGCUGGAGGAGCUGCAGCGCUACUGUCAGGAGGUGUUUGGUCGAGUGGAGCGCUACUACAAAAAACUCAUUCGGCUUCCUCUCGCAGACGAUGAUACCGAAGUGUCGCUGUCUGAUCACGAGCUGGAGCUGGAUGAGCCUGGUGAUUUGACCAGCCUGCCGUGGAGCGAGCGCUUGGGAGACGGUUUCCUGUCACCUCUGCCGUCCUCUGGCCGCUCAGCCUCCCUGGCGGCGCAGCUCCGGACUGAGCGCUCGGGCAGGGACACGCCCGCCAGCGUGGACUCCAUUCCUCUGGAGUGGGACCACGACUACGACCUGAGCCGCGGGCUGGAGAGCGCCAGCAGGGCCCUGAGAGAGCAGCAGAGCGAGGACGGGGACUUCAUCCAACGCCCCGCCUCAGGCCUGUCAGAUGUAGUGAUCCCAGAGAGCCCUGAGGCCUAUGUUAAGCUAACAGAACAAACACUGAGGUCCUCCACUGGGGAGGUUGCCUCUGCAGACUCUCACACUCACCCUCUUGACGUGAGCCGAUUCCACCUGCAGCAAACGGACAGCAGCCGCAGCCGCACCCCCACCAGCUCAGAACUGGACGCCUCUUACAUGGGAUACAUGCGGCUGCUGGGUGAGUGUCGCGGUAGCAUUGACACAGUGAAGAGGAUGGGAGUUGAGCUGAAGGAAGACGACGAUACAGUGUCUGGAUUGGCAGAUCCCAGUAGCUCAGAGUCUCAGACAUCAGGAGUUAUCGAACGCUGGGAGCUCCUGCAGGCUCAGGACCUCAGCAAAGAGAUGCGCACGAAGCAGAACCAGCAGCAGUGGCAGCAGCUGAACUCAGACCUGAACAAUAUUUGGACUUGGCUGGGAGAGACAGAGGAAGAGCUGGAGCAGCAGCGGAGGCUGGACCUCAGCACGGACAUCCAGACGAUUGAGCUGCGCAUCAAGAAGCUCAAGGAGCUGCAGAAGGCGUACGACAAGCGCAAGGCAAUCGUUCUCUCCAUCAACCUGUGCAGCGCAGAGUUCCUGCAGUCGGAUACAGAGGAGACCAGAGAGCUACAAGCUAAACUCAAGGACAUGAACAACCACUGGGACAAACUGGGCAGCUCACUGGAGGAGUGGAGGUCUUCAUUACAGGAAGCUCUCAUGCAGUGUCAAGACUUUCACGAGAUGAGUCACGGUCUGCUGCUGUGGUUGGAAAACAUCGACCGCAGAAGGAAUGAGGUGGUUCCCAUUGACCCCAUCCAGGACAGUGACACGCUCCAUGAGCACCAUAAAACCCUCACGCAAAUCCGCCAGGAGCUGCUGGACUCGCAGCUUAAAGUUGCCUCGCUGCAAGACAUGUCCCUCCAGUUGCUGGUCAACUCUCAGGGCAGCGACUGCCUGGAGGCCAAGGAGAAGGUUCACGUCAUAGGGAACCGACUGAAACUGCUGCUAAAGGAAGUAACCAGAGACCUCAGAGAGCUGGCUAAGAUCCUGGACAUAACAAGCAGCCAACAGGAUCUGUCUUCGUGGUCGUCCGCCGAUGACCUGGACACGUCUGGCUCCCUCAGUCCUGUAUCAGGAAGGAGCACACCGAGCCGGCGACGAUCGCAACGGGGCAAAUGUAGUCUGUCACAGCCUGGACCGUCUGUGAGCAGUCCACACCACAGGUCUCGCAGCGGCGCUGGAUCCGCUUCCUUCCCUUCUGAGACGGAGACGCCGUCAGCCCGUCGGUCUUCGUUUCUGCGGCGCGUCCUCUGGGUGGCGCUGCCUCUCCAGCUCCUCCUGCUCCUGUUGGUGGUGUUUGCCUUCCUGCUGCCCUUGUCCGAGGAGGACUACUGCUCUCAGUCCAACAACUUUGCUCAUUCCUUGUACCCGAUGCUCAGCUACACUAACGGACCACCUCCGGUGUAGGAGGGGGGCGGCCGGGAGAACGCUAGAUUUCUGGCAUCAGCGUGCCGAGAUCCUUGAAAUGAUCAAUCAUGUUGGCAGCAAAAAAAAAAAAAAAAAAAAAACUACUCUGAUCAUCCAUUUUUACUGCAAAAAAAACAGCUGCCAUCUACAGUUAAUAUCUCUGUGUGUAGCACAUAUAGGAAGCAUCUCGCUAUGUUACUCUGUGUAAUGCCGUGUCAGUUAAGGAGAAUUUUUUGGUGUAACAAGACUGGAUAAACUGGGGCUGUAGCCCACAGUGGAUAUCUGCUUAAUGAAUGGACUGUUCACUCAGUCUGAAGAGAACCGCUAGUAGACAGCACCAAAGUUAAAUGCCGAAAUAUAGCCUGUGAAUCUGCUUGUAACUCGAAAAAUUUGUAAACGAAGACGACGAAAGAUUUAAUAUAUCUCACACUGCAAUUAUUUUUUUACCUGUAUUUUGGCAUGCGGUUUUAACCUUUGCUUUUAUUUACAUCCUUCAUUGUGUCUGUGGUAAAGUUCUUUUUUUUUUUUUUUUAACUCGAAUACAUUGAUUCACAUGAGAGUCGUUUAAGCCAAGCGUUUUAGUAUCAAAGUCAAGACGCAGUCCAAGAGUUUAACCUCUAACAUCAGCCAUUUACGCUCUUUAUACAUCCUGCUGGUUUAUUUUUUAAAAGUAUCAAACACGUCUUUAAGAUGGAGAACUAUGACGUAUAGAACUAAUGUAUAUUUUGUAUGACUGUCAGUUCGGUAUCAAAUGUAUAACAGUCCAGGAUUAUUUAAUGUGUACAUAAUGCAAAGAAGUUCAAAUGACAAAUGUAUGUAUAUGCGACCAUGAAAAACAAUGCCAAAUCCUCAA